AUGUCUUCGUCCAUCUUGCACCAAUGCCCGUCCUGUGGACAUGUUUCUGAUAUCUCCCUCUCUCUCGCUGCUUUCAUCGAGAAUCCAAACUGUAACCAGUGUGGCCUGUCUGCCUCGGAGAGCAAUGGCAAGCUGCAGGAUGAGCUGGCUACUUUGUUCGACCGACAGAUGACCAUGGCACCGUUGCCUCCCUCCCAGAAUGAAUCGAUCACCUAUAUCUCCCAACACUAUCAUCAUUCUUCCCAUGUAGUCCCUCCCCCGGUUUCGCAGCCUUUGGUCUUUCCGACAACCCAGAGCGUCCUCGAUGUCUUGAGGCAGUACGGACUUGACCCCGACACCUUCUCGGCCAGACAGCUGGCACUUUUCCAGCAUGCGGACGUGGACCAACAACGCCGUUUGAUUCAAACGUGGCAGGUCUACGCGAGGUCGGAACAGGCCCCGGCUAUACCAGUUUGCCCAAACAUUCAUUCUUUCCCCGCAAACCUCGCCCAGGACCUCGAGAUGAGCGACCAGACAGAUAGUAUCAGAUAUGACCAUGGUGGCCUUGCCGAGCCCUACAUGGUAUCAGGCUACGAGGCUGCCCCGCCGAAAGAACCAUCGACCGGAGCGCCAUAUACUUCGUCUACAGAUCCUGUCUACAGAAGCCAGCAGCAACAGUGGUGGGAGCCGACCCAGAUGGGACCGAUGGAGUCGCAAUAUGGAAGAUAUGAGGAGAUGGACCGGUAUCAUGCGGCUUAUGAGGCCGUUCGACCAAGCUGGUGCCAAAAAUGA